AAGACAAAUCCACCUCUCCAUUCAAACCCAUUAUCCGCGUCGGUCGUUGUCCAUGGAACUUCCAUGUUACCUAUUCAUCUAUAAACAAACAUCAUACUUCGACAACUGUCUGUCGAUUCAUCAUCUCUCUCCUCCUUACUUUUCGCAACUCGCAUCACGUCUACGCGAUUAUGACAGACAAGUCUCAUGGUCGAGUAGAUGCAUAUGAGGACGCAUCAAGAUCCUGACACGUACAUUUACAUAAAUGUAUCCGUGAAUUAGCCUACAACUGUGAUCCAUGGUAUUAGUAGAUCGAAAAAGAUAGAGAAUUUUUAUGACUUCUGAUCUGGGUAUCGCGUAAACUUUAUGCGUUUUGGAAUUUAAUUAAAUUCUGAUUUAGAAGAUGGCAGGUAAAGCGAAGGACACAGAUUAUUUCGCGAUCGAAGACGAUUAUGAUGACAACGAGAAUGAUGAUAUAGAAGCAAAUAACAGUGAUGAUGAUGACACCGAUGAUGCUUCCAGUCGUAGAUCGUCGUUUUCUCAAGCUACCGGUCAAUGGCCACAGAGUUACAAGUAUACACUUGAUUCGUACUCAAUUUCAGCAACACCAAGUGUGGCAUUCCUUAGACGCCCAUCGGGUUCUAUAUAUUCAAUGUAUGAACCGGGGAUUGAUAGUAGUACCGCUAACUUUGGUGAUAAUAUAAAGUCUAAGUUGCUGAUAGAAUGUUCAAAGGUUUUUAGCAAAGAGGAUGUAGAUAGGAUUUCAAGAAAGAUAUCAACAUGGUCAGGAAAGGGUUCUUUGCCUGAUCAACUAAUCGAUGAGCUUCCCAUUGCCUUUGGAUGUAGCGUCACUCAGACUGUUUUCAAUUCGGUGAAUGUGAUGGUUGGAGUUGGAGUUCUUUCUAUGCCAAAUACAAUAGCUACCGCUGGCUGGGCUGGCGUAGGAAUCCUACUCCUUUUUGCAGCAAUAUGUUGCUACACGGCUUAUCUCAUGAAACUUUGCUUCGAGAGUAAAGAAACCAUUCAAACGUAUCCCGAUAUUGGAGAAGCUGCAUUUGGGAAAUACGGACGCCUUACAAUAGCAAUCAUUUUGUACACGUCACUCUAUGCAUAUUGUGUGGAGUUCAUUAUAUUGGAAGGAGACAAUCUCACCAGUUUGUUCCCUGGUGUAUCGCUGCAAUGGGGUAGCGUCAAUACGGACCCGGUUCACAUGUUUGCAGUUCUUUCUGCUGUCGUUAUGGGAUCCACGCUUUUAGUAAAAAACCCCCGAGUGAUCUCAUUAUUUUCAGCUACUGGUGUUGUGGCUACUCUUAUGGUCAUCAUCUGUGUAUUUUGGCUGGGUACAGUGAACGUGGGCUUUCAUGAAAGAGGUCCACCCAUAAAGUUGGGUGGCAUUGCUUUCGCACUUGGUAUUUAUGGAUUUUGCUUUUCUGGACAUUGUGUGUUCCCAAAUAUAUACCAGUCAAUGGCAGAUAAAACCAAGUUUACCAAGGCAAUGAUAAUAUGCUUUAUUUUGUGUCUUUUGAUGUAUGGGAGUGUUGCAAUUGCGGGUUUUCUCAUGUUUGGAGAACAAUCGUUGUCCCAGAUAACAUUGAACAUGCCUGAGGAUGCAGUUGCUUCUAAAGUUGCUUUGUUGACUGUAAUUAUCAAUCCGGUCACGAAGUAUGCCCUGUUGAUGAACCCUUUGGCAAGUGCCAUCGAAGAGCUGUUUCCUGCUAAAGUUGCACGUAGCAAUUGGUGUUUUAUUACUCUACGGAUUGCACUUGUUGCAUCCUCUGUCUGCAUUGCGUUAUCUAUUCCCUUCUUCGGUCUUGUGAUGGCUUUGAUGGGUUCAGUCUUAUGUAUUUUGGUGUCUCUCAUAUUGCCAUCUCUAUGCUUUUUGAUGAUCAGUGGGAGUAAGGCCACGACUACGCAGAUUGGUUUGAGCAUUUGUAUUAUGGUGUUGGGCAUCGUUUGCAUGGUCGUGGGAACGUACUCAUCAUUGGCAGAUAUAGCAAAUGAACUCUAAAUUAAGACUGCACAGUCUGGCUUAAUUGUCCCAUGCCUGUCUUUUUGUUGUAGUACUUCCAUACAUACUUUGGAUCAAUAAACAUCAUGAGUCGAAUCUAGCAUAGAGGCUACGAGUUGAAAUCUUGGUCGAAGUUUGACUCCGGCAGCUCUAGUUUUAGAUUUUUCGACUUGUGUCAUUAUGAAUUUUGACAGCUCUUUCUCGAUUCAUACCAUAUUGCGCCAGAUCCCCAAUUUGCAAUUGAAGACUUUAAAAGCGGAAUACUUCUUUUCAUUAUUUUUAAUAGCUCAAAUAAUCUUAUAACAAAUAGCCUUGUUUUCUUUAAGUCUCCACCAUUGUAACCUUAUAAUAAAUAGCCGAUAGGGAAAGAUUGAUAGUCCUUAAACUUCCAAUCCUACUUCCAAAUCUAAUAGUAUAAAAUGUUGUGUAUUAAGUUUACAACUACAUAUUUUCUUGACCAUAGGGUUGAUGUAGAUUCAAAUGAUUUGUUUUCUGAAUUGAAAUUAAGAAGUUUUCAAUACUCCAGGUUGUUAUUUGGAAUGUUUACAUUGCAAAGACUCUUAUUGACCUCUCAAUUUGUAAAGAGAAGUUUUUGAAAAAUUAUUUGACGUCAUCAUUAUCACAAAUAAGAUUGAAUGAUUUGACUACAUGUCCAGAAUGACAUAUUGAACCAUAUUGAUCUUGAUACAACUAUUAGGCUGGAGGGAGUGGUGCCACCGAAACCGUACUCCCUCCCCCGCCACAUCAGCGCCAUGUCAUCUUUUACCACUCAAGUGUGGUUUCUUGCCACACUUUUCAUUUCUUUUAUUUUUUGUUUUUUUUAAGUAUUUUAAUUUAAUAAAACUUUUUUUUAACUAAUUUAAUUUAAUAUACCUUCUAUUUUAAUAAAAAAAACAUAAUUCUUCAUUACUUGAAAAUUAAAAAAAAAAAAAAAAAAACAAUGCAUUGCGUUACCAAAAAAAAAAACCACACACAUGACAUUUAAAUAACCUUAGAAACUUAAAAAACAUGAAUAAAAUAACUAAAGGAGAGUGGUGAUUUAAAAAAAAAAAUUUGAGAGAGAAGAUUGUGUUGUGAAAAAAAAUUAAA